AUGCCCCCCUACUUCCCCCACGCUCCCUAUGCAGAAGACCAGCCCCUCGCAAAGACGCUCCUCGCAGUGCACGUCCUCCACCGCGGCUUCCAAGUCGGCGCCUUCUUCGGUCCACCCAUAAACCUACUCUCACGCUUCUACCUCUCGCGCAGACGCCCCGCCGUCCUCGCGAACUUCCCUCUUCUCCAAUCGCUUGUGCGAACGGGGCUACUAGCAAUUGGGUUGGUGGCCAGAAUGUGGGGCCGGGAGGAGAUUGAAUGGAAGGAUCGGAGUUGGCGGUUACUGGAGAACAAGGGGCAGCAGGAGGUGGAUAAUUGGAGCAUGAUCGGUGCGGCAGCAGGAGUUGCAGGGCUUGGUUUAGCGAGAAUUGGAGGAGCAUCUGGGUUGCGAGGGUGGAAGAUCUGGGUGGGAGCUGGGGCGGUGGGAAAUGCGGUCGGUGCGGUUAGCUAUAUAGGAUAUAGGCAUGGAUUAAAGGGUGGCGUAUGGGAAGAGGGGGAGAUGGUUGCUUGA